CUUUCAGAAAUAAUCUCAGAUCCAACACUGACUCUUAAAAAUAAACAUAUAAUAAAAUAAUCCUCAACUUCAUCUUCUUCCUCUCAUCAAAACCCUAGCCCAAUGCGAUCUCGCGAUCCCCAAUCCUCAGCCUGUUGACAUGAAGAAGUCCAAAUUGCAGAAACCUAAUCAUCAUCAUCACCGUCAGCAGCAGCAGCAGCAGAAGAAUGGCCACGUGAUCCCCUUUAAACUCGCCAAGUUGCUAGAUCCUGAUGCUCCAUGGGAUAAGAAUCAGUUAUGCGAUGUUUUGCAUUGGAUACGGCAGGCGCUGGGGCUUCUGUUUGGAUUGCUAUGGGGUGCGAUCCCUGUAGUAGGCGCCAUUUGGAUUGUUGUGUUUUUGGUACUGUCUUCUGGCAUAAUUUAUGGAUACUAUGCACAUGUGCUAAAGAUCGAUGAAGAAGAAUUUGGAGGCCAUGUAGCAUUGCUUCAAGAGGGUCUCUUUGCUUCGUUCAGCCUCUUUCUGCUUGCCUGGAUACUAAUAUACAGCUUAGCACAUUUCUGAGCGGUUUAUCUCAUCGAUUCUGGACUGCGUUAGGAUAUUCUCUCUCCUUUCCGUUUGUAUUCUACUUAUAUGUCAAGCAGUAGAUGUUUGACCUCACAUUUGAUCUGAGAGAGAACUUUGAGUUCACUGGUUAUCGAUAUUGGAUAUUACCAAUAUCGCAAGGGUAAUAUUAUGUUAUCUAUGUUUCAGGGAAGUAAUGUUACAGUCUUCAUACUUUUUUACGUCGAUUUGCGACGCUGGAAGCAUGUAGCUCAGUGAACAUUUUUCAGGUGUGAUUUGUAUAAUACAGUCACUAACAAAUUAGCUUAUGAGUUGAUGUAAGUUUAGUUGGGUACUAUUUGAUCCA